AUGGAGUAUUAUACUGUGCCAAACUCGCACCACCAGGUAAAAUCAGAUAAAUUUGAAGCAAAGUGGUUCAGAGAGGACAAUUUUGCAAAGAUUGUAAAGGAACAGUGGGAGGCAGCGGCGGGGUCUGCGGAUCUGAUCGACGUCCUCACUAAACUGAAAGCCAUGCAUGCUGGGCUGCAUGCAUGGGAUCAGCGGGCGCUGCGGGGGCCCAAGAAGCGCCUCAGAUCGGCCCAACGAGAAUUGGAGACGGUGAUGAGAGGGCCUAUUAACCAGGAGAAUGAUCAGAGGAAGAAGGAAAUUGCUGAAUUAAUAGAGAAGCUGCUAGAACAGGAGGAAAUCCGGUGGAAUCAGCGAUCUCGAGCAAAUUGGCUCAAAAAUGGGGAUCAGAAUACCUCUUACUUCCAUAGUUUCGCCACAGCCAGAAAGAAAAGGAAUUGCAUCAAAAAGAUAAGAAACACAGAUGGUGAUUUUGUAGAAGAUAAUAUUGCUGUUGAUCCUGGUUUUCUUGAGAUGAUAAAUCCAAAGCACUUGGUGGGGCCUGAUAUUACAGUGGCAGUGCUAAAAGCUAUUAAUGAUAAGAACAUCCCUGAUGGAUGGAAUGAGACGGUGAUUGUCUUAAUUCCCAAAGUGGACAAUCCGGAGGAGGUUGCUCAGUUCAGACCAAUUUCACUUUGCAAUGUGGUCUAUAAGAUAAUUUCAAAGAUGCUAGCUGCAAGACUAAAAGUAAUUCUACCUGAUAUCAUUUCCCCAACUCAGAGUGUGUUUGUCCCAGGAAGACUUAUUACUGAUAAUGUGUUGGUGGCAUAUGAAUGUGUCCAUAAAAUAAAAAAUAAAAGGAUUGGCAAGUCUGGUUUGUGUGCUGUGAAGCUAGAUAUGCAUAAGGCAUAUGAUAGAGUGGAAUGGGAUUUUCUGAGAAAAAUGAUGAUGAGGCUUGGGUUUCACUUGGAGUGGGUUGAUCUGGUAAUGGCAUGUGUGUCAUCAGUGUACUACUCUGUUAGAUUUAAUUCUCAGAUGACUGAUGGUUUUGUUCCAACCAGGGGUAUUCGACAGGGGGAUCCCUUGUCCCCUUACUUGUUCCUUAUUUGUGCGUAG